GACUCUGCUGUCCUGGGAAAUGGGAAUUGCCAUUGACGAUUGGCAUCAUUAUUCAUUAUUCAUUUCAACAGAAAACCAAGGAACUGCCAGACGUCGUGAUUGCCGGUUGUCAAUUUCUAAGGACCUGUUCGUUUUCACUGUUUUGAACAGUCUAUAGCCGCGAUGGCAGCCCCAGUGACCAGGGCCGAAGUUCUCAAAAUCUAUAAGACCAUGUUGAGGGAGAGUAGCAAGUUUUCAUUCUACAACUACAGGAUGUACGCAGUCAGACGAGUGAAAGAUGCGUUCAGGGAACAAAAGGCGGUCAGUGACACUUCAGAAAUCCAACAGCACCUGCUCGAGGCACACAGGUUUUUGGAUAUCAUCAAGCGACAAGUAAUUUAAAAUUUUAGACACCAUUUAU